AUGGUGGAACGCGGAACGUUGGCGCGGUUCGCGCUGUUUGUGGUGCUGUUUGUCUCGUCAGCUGAUCAACAGCUGGUGGCCGCAUUUCGCAAAUCAUUUGAAGAGCUGAGUGUCCACACGAUUCCCGAUUCCGGAUCACUGGAAGACUGUUCGCUCAGGUUACAGAAGCUGGCCAGCGAUGAACCAUCGGCAGCCCCCACGGAAGAGUAUCCGUCGUUUUCGCGCGAGUUUGCGCACCUGGCGGCCCUCGGUUGGCGACCGGCCACCGGUAAAGGUGAGCUCGAGUGGCGCUGCACUGGGACGCUGAUCGCGGAAGACUUUGUCCUGACGGCUGCUCACUGCACGCAGGAUGAGGGCGCAGAACCGGUGGUAGUCCGAUUGGGUGAUCUUGAUCUGUACAGCACCAAAGAUGAUCGCUAUUCACAACAGAUCGAAAUUGCCGAGAUUGUCCGUCAUCCAGAGUUUAAAUUCGACAGUGCGUACCAUGAUGUUGCGUUGCUGCGCCUCAAACAACCCGUGACUGUCACCGAUUUCGUUACACCGGCUUGCCUCUACACCAACGAUUCCUUACCGUUCGAUCGACUCUACGCAUCCGGAUGGGACUUUUAUGCCGAAGUAUCACCACCGAUCUUGACCGCCGCCCUUAAUCCGAUCAAUCAGGAUCGCUGCAAGUUCUGGUAUCGCGAUAACAAGGAAGCGUUCCGGCGUGGCAUCAAUCGGAUGCAGAUGUGUGCCGGGGAUGAGAAGCUGAAAAGCUGUCCAAGUGAUACCGGAGGACCGUUGCAGGUGCGGUUACUGUCCAGUUCCCGUUACACACCGUUCGUGGUCGGUGUGUCGGCACUGGGUGUCCCGUGCGGUGCCACAACACCCGGAGUGUACGCCAAGGUACCCCAUUACAUCCUCUGGAUUGAGGACGUCACGAAGCGAACGUUUCAUCCGGCGGAUUGUGUUGUGCGACAUAUUUCCCGGCGAGAGCGUGACACUGCACUCGUUGCACCGGAGCUUAAGACACUCGCCCCGGAAACGCAUCUGACCGGAGUGAGGAGCACCGUUCCGGCCAAUCCUUUGCGUGCUAAAUUGCACGUAUUCAAAGAAUUUAAGUGUGCGGUCGGUAAGGAGGGCGAGAACGUGGAGUGGAUUUGCGGUUGCACAAUUGUUGCUCAGGACUAUGCCCUGACGUCCGCCCGGUGCGUCAAGGAUGUGGAGGUCGAUGUGGUGAACUAUCGCAACGACUGGAAGAAGAUUGCCGAGGUCAUCUUCCACCCGGAGUACGACAGGAAGACGCUCUACAACGAUCUGGCACUGAUUCGGCUGCAAACCGACAACCGCAAUCGAUACGACUGGAAGGCGGUUUCGUGCGUGCACACAGGGGCCAAUGUCGAUGAUCAAAGGGAAUACCUUUCGUUCGGUAUCGGGGCGUACAACCUGAACGAUGAUGGGGCCACCGAUGGGAACGAGGAUGCUACCGAGCGCUAUCUGACGGCCACGCUGCAGCUCCUGGAGAACGUCAACUGCAGCGAUGCGUACGCGGGCUACGGCAUUCUGAAGAGUGGCGUAAACGAGACGCACCAGUUCUGCCUAGGGUCCGGCGGUGACUAUCUGGUCCCGGGUGCCUGUGAACCUUGGAAUGGCAACGAGGUACUGGGGGAGAUUCGACCCGGAGCUGGACCUGGCACGGGAGUCGGUGAAUCACCAUUUCCCGAGGAUCUUUUCGGCGUUAGUUCGUACGCACCGGAGUGUGGAUUCGGUCGACGGCCGUUGAUUGCGACGCGCACUAGUGCCUACAUCGGUUGGCUGAAUAGUGUCGUGUACAAGACGGCGGAUCUUAGUACGGUGCCACAGGCACUGCUGGAGAAGGAACUCGCACUGGACUAUAUCUGUGAGGGCGAGAAUCGGGAUGCGGGCGUUUGCGUUCAUAUUGAUCACUGUUCGCACCGGGAACUCGUCACCAAGCAGCUGAUCAAGCUGUGCACCAACGAGACGGCCACUAUCGUGUGCUGUCCGGUGAAUUCCUUCAUUGCCACCGCCCAUCUACCGCUGUUGACGGAGUGCGAAGCAAACUAUCAACGGUAUCGCAAGAAAUACGCCGAGUUCGCUGGGGACAGCGAAGAUGCUGAGCUGACGAGCGACGGUGACCAUCCGCAUACGGCCAUGAUCGGUUGGAAGGUCAACAAGACGUCUUCGGCUAUGGUGUGGCACUGUAUCGGGACGCUCAUCAACCUCAACACGGUCCUCACGACGGCCGGUUGUACCAACACUGUUCGCAAACGCAGCCCGGAUGUGGUGAGCGUUGGCGAGACGAACGUGGACCGGAUUUACGACGGAACGGCACAGAUUAUCCGCGUGAAGGAAACGAUUCGCUAUCCGAGCUACAACGCAAAGACGCACGAGUUCGACAUCGCGGUACUGAAGCUGGCGUCCGAUGUACAGAUCAGUGCGAAUGCGGUGCCAGCUUGUCUGUGGCGGGACCUCAACCGAACACCGUACUAUGGCCAGGCGGUACACUUCAACGGACGCUCGGUAUCGGCCCGGGACCGAAAUGUGGUCCAGAACAGGGACUGCAAGCUGUUCACCGAGCACACCGAGCUGAACGGUGAUCAGAUGUGUUGGCAGAGCUUCCGGUUGCGGGAGGAUGGAACCGAUGCAGCGAGCUGUGGCCGCCGGGGCGAUCCGUUUAUCACGCUGCAGCGCAGCAACAACAUCUACCUGCCGUAUCUGGUCGGAUUGUACAGCCACGACCGGCAGUGUGCCGGUGGUGAACCGAUCGUGGCCACGCGCAUCUCCUCCUACAUCAAUUGGAUUAGUCUGUACAUGUAACCCACGGUCCACGCGGCCCUCGGUGUGCUGGCUGGCUGGUCAUGAAGCAUAAUGACAGCGGCAUUUGGUUGCGCCAGAAUGAGAUCUGUAAUGUUUUGGUGCAGGAGCAUUCACGCGACGAUAACCGUUGCACCGUUUGCCUAUUUUCCAUCAACCGUGUUCAGGACAUCAGACCAGGGCGUGUGUUGAGUGGAUCACACCAAGUAGGUGACAAUUGCAUUGUACGCGUUGUAUUCGCUGAACAGU